AGGAGCUACCGGCCAAUGCAAAACCGUAUAUGGAGAAACCAGUCUGGACCCAGAACAGUCUCCCUAGAGCAUUUCAAUUGGCACACAACACCAAAGCAGGCACAUGGGGUGUUCUUUCGGUCACAAGCGGUUCUGUUGAUUUCACCUUUCUGGAUGGAAAGUCCGGUCCGGCACUGCAUACCUACACCAUCAACGCGGGCGAGCGUUGUGUUAUCGAGCCGCAGCAAUACCACAAAGUAGUGCCGACGGGCGAGGUUGAGUGCCAGCUGGUCUUUCACAGGUGUGAGGAGUGAGCAAACCCUACAACCCUAAAUCCCCUCGAUCAAUCGAUUGUGCGGGCAAUUGUUCAACAUGGCCGGUAUGCUAGUUAUUCUUAUUGCAAUCGGGUGUGCACCGAUAUGUAGCGCAGAGUAACGCUGUGACUUAGCACGUAGACAAGGACGUCACGAUGGGAGGAGUGGCUUAUAGCUGGGGAACAGACUGCAUUCUCAAUGGUACGUUCAGACUAUGCACCAGUAAGGGAGUGGUCAGUCCAUGUAUUUGCACGGAUGCUUUCAGUGCAUGAACAUGUCUACCACCUGCGCUGUCCUAUGUGUAGAGAGUGCCCCAGUCACUUCAUAUUAAAGGCAAAGUCACUACUCGGCCAAGGAAAAUAAACGGCCACACAACUC